AUGGACGAUUUUAUAGCUAUGCCGUCGGAUCUAAGGGGACAGCAGCAUGCAUCCAAGAUGGCGCCCGCCUCUCCGGGCUCGGAGAGUGCGGGAGAAUCCCUGGCGGAGGAUACCCAGGCGAGUGACUUAGCUCGGAUCCGAGCCGAGCUAACCCAAAUCUCCACCAACAUGCUGUCCAAGACGGACACGGGCUCCCUAGUACAAGAACUCUGGGCAGCACUGCGAGAGGAGCUUGCAGGCCUCCGCUCUGAUUUAACAGCGCUAGAGCAACGAGUGGAUGAAAUGGAGUCGACAGCCCGCGGAU